AUGCAUUUUCGUAGAGCUGUGAGAAGCCCUCUAAUCCUUUCAUCCUUUAUAUCUGUUACUUCUCUAUGGACCUACCCCCGCCCCGCAAACUUCUCGACUCUCGCUGCCAGUUUUGAGCUUACUUUGGAUAUCAGAACACGUCCAACGGUUCUCAUAAUUCGACUCGGUAACUCGGCUACGGAUAACCACCUUCGAGCUCAAUUCAUUGCAACAGCAAUCACCUCAGGGCUGACAGUAUAA